ACGAAAUGGAACACAGGUGAAACAAAUGAAUGAGAGGGAAUGAAUGGGGAGACAGACUACAGAAAGCACAAAAGGCGAAUGGGGAGACAGACUACGGAAAGCAUAAAGUCAGCUUCACGGAGUGCUGGGAGGUGUCCCGGCUGUAUGAAAAGGAGCGGACCCAGUUUAUCAGAACACCGGUAGUACUCCCCACAAGUUUUGUAUAUCCGUCACGAUGGCUACCUCCAGGACUGGUAAAGCAAAGGGAAAGAAAGUGGUCAGUCAAGAGGAAUUACGACGGUUAAUGAGAGCGAAACAAGGAGAAACUGCUGUCCAGAAGAAACGCAUCGAGUCACCAUUUGCAAAGUAUAACAGUCUUGGACACCUAACAUGUGUGCUGUGCAGUGUACAUGUCAAAUCUGAAAUACUAUGGCAGGCUCAUGUCCUCGGAAAGCAGCACAAACAGAAAAUUACUGAACUGAAAGGAGCUAAACAAAUCCCACAACAGACUUCCAAAGGACCACUGCUCAAAAGAAAAACAUCAGAUUCUGAAAAAACACACCUGAAAAAAAUAAAAGCAGACACAGAUGUGGAUUCCUGUUCCCUGGGUGUUCCUGUUGAUGGACAGAAGACUGCUGGCUCCUCCCGAUCUGGCCUUAUUCUGCUUGGAAACUAUGAUGAAGAUGAUGACGACAGUGAUGAAAACAAUGAAGAUGAUGAUAUGGACACAGAUGAAGAUGUGAAGGGCCAAAUUAACAAAGCAGCUAGGAGCUCUGCAGUUCAAAAGAGUUCAGAGUUGCCCUCUCCAACAGUCGCUGGACUGCCAGCAGACUUCUUUGACAGUGGCCUCGCCUCUGGACGUUCCAUUUCGCACUCGGGAUCUGUUCUCAAGGCCGGUGAUGAGCCAGAGAAGCCUGUGGUGAGGAAAGACAACACAGCAGAAGCUUUACCGGAAGGUUUUUUUGAUGAUCCAGUCACAGAUGCAAAGGUGCGAAAGGUUGAUGCACCAAAGGACCAGAUGGACAAGGAAUGGGAUGAGUUUCAGAAGGAGCUUCGUCAGGUUAACAGCGCAUCUGAAGCCAUUGUUGCCGUGGAUGAUGAAGAAGGGCGUCUGGAGCGGCAGAUUGAUGAAAUUGAUGAACAGAUCGAAUGUUACCGGAGGGUGGAAGUUUUGAGGGAGAAGCGGGAUGUGGUGAAGGACCUCCUGCAGAAGAGGACGGAGGAUUCUGAGCAGCAGGAAGGGGAGAGUAGUGAGGACGAUGAAGACGAGCUGCUGCAGCUGCUGUCCAGAGACUGGAGGGCGAAAGGAGUGCUGUCCUAAAAGAACCACAGCUCAGUCCAGACUUUACCUGCAGAAAUAAUGUGAUUUAUGUCCAAAAUAAAACUGUACAGUUUUCUAAGUGUGACUAUUACCAGGAUCCCUGUCUCACUCUUCUCUCCCCCAAACACCAUGUAACAAACUGACUAUUCCAAAGCACCCCCUCCCCCACUUUUUUUGGAGUAUGCUAUAGAUGGGCAAUAUUACCUAAGUAUUUCAGAAUUAUCUCUGCAUGCCAUGAAGAGUGAAUUUCAAUGCUCAGAUAAUUAAUACUUUCAUUGUCUUUACUGUGGCAUCUGGCCUGUAGGAAAAUAGGUUACAUUGUCUUCAUUGCUUAAAUUGUUGUUUGAUAUGAAAAAUCCAGAGUCCAGAAAAUGGCAGUCAAACCAGCAUUGUUUGAUCUAAGUUUAAGGUAGAAAAGAUUAUGGAAUACUUUUGGGAAGCACUGUACAUAUUUUUAAAAUAUGUAACCCUGGGGUGUUCCUCAGGGCUCUCUUGCAUUCCCCUGCAGGGAGUUCUUGCCUUGUCAUUCUGUCAGAAUGGAAAAAAUAUAUACACUUAAUGAG